AGUGGAAGUGGAGGCCCCAAUAAAGCUAACAACAAGCUAGUGGGCGUGGUCGUGGGCGUGGUCGUGGGCGUGGUCGUGGGCGUGGCCUUGGGCGUGGCUCUGUUCCCUCGAUUGCAUCCCCUUCUCUUUAUUCACCUUUUUCCUUCACUACCCUUUUCCUCUCUUCAAUAAUUCCCCACUCUCCCUUUCACCCUCUCCAAAUGAUCGAGUUCUUCGACUACCAACACCUUCUCUGCGCCACCGAUGGGUUCUCCGCCGCAAGCCUCAUAGGCAAAGGCUCGCAUGGCUCUGUAUACAAAGCCAUACUUAAAGACAACACGGUGGUUGCUGUCAAGAAGCCAUUGCAGACCAACGACUAUUCCAAAUUGGAGAACGAAGCCAGAGUGCUGUGGUCUCUGCGCCAAACCCCUCUUGUCGUUAACUUUCUUGGCACCAGUCUCGACUCUGCUAAUAACAAGCUUCUUGUAAUGGAGUUCAUGCCUAAUGGCAGCCUCCAUGAUUUGCUCCUUGCUCCGGUCACUUGGCCCAAACGCCUUCAGAUCAUCACGCAGAUUGCACGUGCGGUUGAAUUUCUUCACCAAGCUAAUCCUUUGGUUAUUCAUAGAGAUAUCAAGGCGGAGAAUAUCCUGUUUGAUUCGAAUUGGAAUUUGAAAUUGGCGGAUUUUGGGUUGGCUGUUUCCCCAUCGGAGCUCCGGAGCUACGCCGGUCAACCCGCCGGAACAAUUGGGUAUUUGGAUCCUUGUUACACGACACCGAGUAAAUUGAGCACGAAAAGCGACGUGUUUAGUUUUGGGGUUGUUGUGUUGGAGGUUAUUAGCGGUAGGAAAGCGAUGGAUAUCUCGAAAUCGCCUGCUUCGAUUGUGGAGUGGGCGAGGCCGUUGAUUGAACGGAGGAAUUUCGACGGAAUCUACGACGGGAGGAUAGCGUUGCCGGAGUAUUUGGCGGGGAGGAUGCGAAAAGCGGUGGAAUUGGCGGGGCGGUGCGUGUGUGUGGAGCAGGGGAAGCGGCCGUCGAUGGGGGAGAUUUUGGAGGCCAUGGAAAUGGAAACUAGUUGCUGUUGCAUUGAACGGUUCAAGUUCUUUCAAAACCGGGUUUGGUCGGGGUUGGCGGUGGUCGUUGGAAUGAGAAGACGGCGGCGGCGGCUGAAAAUGGAGGCAAAUUUGAAGUGGUGCAGCAGCCGCCAAGGUGCUCCGAACUGCUGACGCGGCGGUGGUCAAGAGAGUGGGAUUGGGUCAAAUGUCAGAGGGUGUCGUGUCGUGUCGCUGUCGGAGAGAGG